AGCACAUUCACACCCACAUGUCAACACAUGUCUCGUCGAUUCCUCUGAUUUCGUCGGCAACGAUCAAUAAUUACGGAUAUUGCCAUUACCCGCCAUUCUCCACCUUCUUUGACUUCAAUUCUACUUCCUCAUCUCAUCUCCCCAAAUCUCACUCCCACAAUAUCUCCUCUGUCAAAGCUCUCUCUUUCCGUGUACGGAAAAUGGACGGUCUGAUCAAAGGCUUGCUGGACGUGGCGCUUGGCCACGACGACAAAGAUGAGGAAUCGACCUCACAGUCCCGAGAUGAACGGGCCAGAUCCAGCUGGGCCGAAGUGGUGUCCGGGGAGCAGGAUAACGAUGAUCAAGUAAGCAGCAAUCAUACCGCUCAUGGUUAUCGUCCAACAAAUCAAUGGAUAAAACAGAGCGAAGCGGAUUCAAGACCUUCUAUGCAGCCUCCGAAGUAUGAAAGAAGUGAAGGUGAUGAGCAACAUGAUUAUAACAAAAACCAAUGGAAUAGACAGGAGGGAGGAGAGGAAAGCAAUGAUGGUUGGGAGACUGUUGGCAAAAAGCAUCCCAAGCAGCGACAUAAGAUUCAAAAGGAUCAUUGGCAUGGAUACAAAAGACCUUCUGGUGAACAAGAAUACUCUGAAUAUGUUGAAGAUGGUGCAAAUGUAGUACCUUCAGAAGAGGAGCUUGCUGACCUAUCACAAGCUUGCAACAGGCUCUGGCAACUUGAUAGAAAUCGUUUGGUUCCUGGCAAGGACUAUCAAAUAGAUUGCGCUGAAGGGAAGAAGGUCUAUGAGAAGGAAGAUAUGGCAGAAGGAAGCCUAUUUAGCUGGUUAAAUGAAGAUGUAUUAAUGAGGCCUACCUUUGCUCGUUUUUGUUCUUUGCUUGAUAAUUACAACCCAAAUGAAGGGUGCAAAGAAGUUGUCACUUCUGAAGAGAGGCAAGAGCAAGCUGCUUUUAUAGAAGAAAUCAGCAGAACUGCUCCAAUUAAAUAUCUUCACAAGUAUCUAGCCCGUAAAGGCAUUGUAUCUGAAGAUUAUCAUGAUUUUAAAAAAAUAUUGUCAAGUCUCUGGUUCGACCUCUAUGGUCGAGGUGGUACAUCUGGUUCCUCUUCUGCUUUUGAGCAUGUUUUUGUUGGAGAAGUUAAGCAGCAUGGGGAACAAGAAGUAUCUGGUUUCCAUAAUUGGCUUCAGUUUUAUCUAGAAGAAGCAAAAGGAAAUGUUGAUUAUCAAGGUUAUAUUCUCCCCAGGCGACGUGGUCAGUUUCCUGACUCUGAAACUCAGUUGCUUUCCAUUCAAUUUGAAUGGAAUGGUGUUCUCAAAUCUGUAUCAACCAUUUUAGUGGGUGUGAGCCCAGAGUUUGAAGUUGCAUUAUAUACUCUGUGUUUCUAUAUGGGUGGACAAGAUAAUCAUGUAGAGUUGGGUCCAUACCCUGUAAAUAUCAAAUGUUACAGCUUUGGAGAUCGAAUCGGCUCUGUGUUUCCAAUAGCAGGGUGAAGGUUCUUCAUUUUUUAUGUAUAAGUUUAUCUUGAUAGAAAUAAAAAUGUUGGAUGUAUUUGAGAUGGUAUGACAAUAUCAUGGUUUGUUCCCUCUUUGCAAGGGUUUUUAAUUGCAAAUAUCAUCAAUAAAACCUAAAUAUACUUGCCAAUUUAUAUGAUCUUGUAGUUUUCAUGGAA